CGGUUUCCGCCUCCAGCCGGCUUCCGGAAGUUGCUCUCAAAAUGCUGAAGUCCUGUGUGGAAUUGGCCGGGGCUGCGGGAGUUGGAGUCGGUCCUCGGGCCUGAGCCUCGAGGCCGCGCUCCCGGGUGUCGUUGAUGUUUGGGGCCGACGGGCGCCCAGCGAUCGGAACCGCCGCCGGGAAGAGCUGGCAUUUCAGUCGAACAAUGGAAGAGCUUGUUCACGAUCUUGUCUCUGCACUGGAAGAGAGCUCUGAGCAAGCCCGAGGUGGAUUUGCUGAAACUGGAGAACAUUCUCGAAAUCUGUCUUGCCCUCUGAAACGCCAGGCCCGGAAAAGGAGAGGGAGGAAGCGGAGAUCCUACAAUGUUCACCACCCGUGGGAGACAGGCCACUGCUUAAGUGAAGGCUCUGAUUCUAGUUUAGAAGAACCAAGUAAGGACUAUAGAGAGAAGCACAGCAAUAAUAAAAAGGACCGCAGUGACUCUGAUGACCAGAUGUUAGUGGCGAAGCGGAGGCCAUCUUCAAACCUAAGCAGCAGCGUUCGAGGUAAGCGGCUUCUGUGGCACGAGUCUGACUUUGCCGUGGACAGCCUUGGGAACAGAACGCUGCGCCGGAGGAGGAAGGUGAAGCGCAUGGCCGUGGAUCUCCCGCAGGACGUCUCCAGCAAAAGGACAAUGACCCAGCUGCCAGAAGGCUGCAGAGAUCAGGACAUGGACAAUGAUAGAGCCAGCCAGUAUCCAGAGUUUACCCGGAAGAAAGUUAAGAAAAGGAAGUUGAAAGGGAUUAGGCCAGGACCGAAAACCCAGGAGGAAGGAGGAGUUUUGGAGAGUGAAGAAAGAAGCCAGCCCAACAAGGACAGGAUGGAGUACGAGGAACAGAAAGCCUCGGAUGAGCUCAGGAGCGAAAGUGACACCAGCAGUCUCAGCAGCACUGACGCGGGCUUGUUCACCAACGAUGAGGGAAGACAAGGUGAUGAUGAGCAGAGUGACUGGUUCUAUGAGAAGGAGUCAGGCGGAGCGUGCGGGAUUGCUGGAGUCGUGCCCUGGUGGGAAAAGGAUGAGCCAGCAGAGCUGGACACCAACCUGCCCGACCCUGUGUUUGAGAGUAUCUUAAGUGGCUCCUUCCCUCUCAUGUCCCAUCCUGGCAGAGGAGGUUUCCAAGCUAGACUCAGUCGCCUUCAUGGAACGCCUUCAAAGAAUAUUAAAAAGUCUUCAGGGGCUCCACCUUCAAUGCUGUCUGCUCCUGGCCCUGGCAGUAACAAGAGGAUGGUUCACUUCUCCCCAGACGCCCAUCGCCAUGACCACUGGUUUAGCCCUGGGGCUAGGACAGAGCACGGCCAGCAUCAGCUUCUGAGAGAUAACCGAGCGGAAAGAGGACACAAGAAAAGCUGCUCCCUGAAAACAGCCAGCAGGCUCCUGCGUCUCCCUUGGCUUCGCUCUGCUUCAUAUUCUGUGCUCUUUACACUGCUGAGCAUGGCAGUAUUGUCCUCUCCCAGCACGAGAAGCUGCUGUGCCUAACAAAGAACUGAAAAAGACAGUAGGUAAGAUCUCCUUUAAACACACAUUUAAAAAACUAACAGUUUCAGUCGCUCACUGUCUGCCUUUGAGAGGGCCCCAUAUGGUAGUGCAGGAUGGCCUCAAACUCACAAUGUUCCCUGUACCUUGGCAUCUUUAAUUUUGGGACUUGAGGCAUGGAGCACCACCCCGGCUUCAGUCAUUUCUCUAAAGAGAUUUGUGCUCUGUUCUGUGAGCUGUCCUGUGUCCGUGCUCCUUGAGGUGCUGGCCUUGUGGGUUUCUUACCUUCCUUCAGUGCUUCAGGCAUCCCUGUCCUGCUUACUGACAGUAGCGGUGCUCAUCAUAAUGUGUCAUCCUGUCAUAUCCCAGUGGCCACUAAUAAAAUGACAACAGGUCGCAUUAGUACCUACUGUAAAUUAAAUUAUAGAUUCACUGAUUGUCAAUAUUGUUGAUGGUGUUCCUCUGAUGUGCCUGUCAGUUUGUUGUUUCCUAUAGUUUCUCAGAGCGCCAUACCACACACAGAUGUGUCCCAGCAGUGGGUGAGGAAGUGUUCCUCACAGCAUCCCCCUCAAGUGCUCAUAUGACCAGUUUCCCUCUAUGGUUGUAGCUCACUGUGCUCCAGUGUUCCUGCACUAUGCUUCUCACUACUUGAUUCUUCUCAUUCACGGGGACAUAGGACCUGGGUUUUCCUUUGCAACAGAGGGGUUACUUUGUCCUGGAGACAGUCACAAGUGUGCUGUGAGCUGUCCGCGCCCUCGGGCUAAGCUCCUGGGCGCAGCGGGCUCAGGCUGAGCAUUGUGCUCCGAUGCCUGGUGUGCUCUCCCUUCACUGGAGUUUUGUGUUCUGUUCCCUCUUGCACUGGCUCAGUGUUGUCUGUUUCCUGCCGUGAGUCUUCACCUUAGUUGUAUCCUAGUCUUGUCUGAUGUUUCAUGAGGAUCAGAGUUUUUGUGCCACUUAAUUAUUUUUACAUAUCUCAAAAUCUUAUAAGUAAAAACUCAAGAAAAUGAAACUUUCAAAAUAGUUGAAUAAAAGCACAUUUAAAUGUUACUUUUAGAACUUCUUAUCACUUUCAGAUCUUACUAACAGACAUGACGUUUGUUGAGACAUGUGUCUGUUGAAGUGAAAACUAAAUCCUUGAGCAGGGCACCCAGGGCUUUUGUUUUGCUGUUUUGAGACAGGAUCUCUGCAAGUACCUGAAUCUCUUUGGAGCUUAGAGCCACCUUGUUUCAGCCUCUAAAGUUUCUGUGCUCAGCCUAUUUCAGAGUAUGUAACUCUGGCCUGGGUACCUCCUUAUCUGUGACCAGUGAGACAGAACAUGUUCACAACGCUAUCUGAAGCAGUGAUAGCAUUUAUUGCUUGUGAAUGGACAGCAAGACCUUAAAGAAGCAGCAUUCAUUUUGAGCUGAUCCCCCAAGCUCAGGAAAGAUGUCUGAGACAAAUGGAGUCCCUGCCAUUCCACACUGAGGGAUCCUAAGAGGCAGUGAGGCAAGCUUACAUUCCUCAAGGACAUGGUUCAGUCGGGGCAACGUCUCGGAACAUAUCCUGUUUCCAGAGAAUCGUUCAGCCAGCCUUUCCUCAUAAGGAUGUUUCUGCUCCCAGUCCCUUCCACAGUAAUCUGCAAAGGGGAGGAACCUGUGUCAGGAAGGCCUGUGGAGAAAUGCCCUCUGCGUUACCAUCUUAUAGUCAGCAUUUCUGUGACGGAUGUGUGUCUUUAAAAAUCACUUGUCUUUUCCCACACCAUCCAUUAUUUAAAGUUACAGUUAAGUAUGUCCCUAAUUCUGUAAAAAUUUCUGAGUAGAAUCAGAGAAAAUCUUCAGCCUCACUCCUCCGGAUCGAAAGCCACUUUCACAGGCAUGCGGGGUGCCUGAGACUCUGUCCUGUGUCAUCCUGGGUUGCUCUCUCUCCCAGAGCUUUACCCUGCUGUCUGGUGUCUUCUGCCAUGAGAAGCCAUGUACCAGCUUGAGAGCUUGUGGCAACUCGGCUUGGUUAUUCCCUUUAUAUCAAGAUGUUUGUUUCCCUUCGUUCCUGCAGACUUUUGUAAUGGGACGGGAUUUUCCCCUCUUCAUUAGAAAGUUUAGGUUUUGGCAUGUACUCAUAACAAGCACCUAGAAAAAAAGUACCUAACACAUUAACGUAUUAUUUGAAAUCAACUAAAAAUAUUUUUUUUGCUGAUAGUAUUUAACUUCCACAAUAUCUUUUUACUUUAUUCCUAACAGUACAUGUUCACUUAGUUCUCAUUGUAUGAUUUGAUAACCUUACAUAUUCUGUGCUCUGAUUUCUUACAUGAUGUAUUCAAAAUAAAAUGGAGAGGGUGAGUCUUUGCUAUCCUCUUACCCAGUUAGUAGAUUAAAAUAUAAGUGUAUUAAAAAUAGAAGACGGUAGAUUUCAUCUGAGAAACUGUAGACCGCGCAAUACGCUCCCAUUUCCUACGCUGGCUCAUGUCUGCCACCCCUCAAAGUAAGAAGAGCCUCCUGUCGGCACCAACUCGGCCACACUCCUUCUACUCGACGACGACUGUCACCGUGUUGCCACAGAUGGGACAGAAUUACAGCUGCUCUUUAUUUGAUCUUCUAAAGCUCCAAAGAUGUUCAAGGAUGCCAUGUGCUCAGUCUUCCCAUGCUGCUGUUUGUCCUUUGGAAAGGAAACCUAAUUUGCAACAGAUACAAAACUAUUUGUCAUUUUGCAGCUUUGCCAAAAAUAAAUGAAAGUAUUAACGACUACAGCUCUAAGCAGCUGUUAAUAAAUGGGAGGAGGGCUGCUGGUGAGAGACUAUGUGAGGAUGUCGAACUGCGUGUGAGGGGUGUGUGUGUGCGUGUAAUGUUGCCUUUCAAACAAACAUCCACAAAUGUUCUAUAUAUCAGCAAAACCAACUGCCACUCUCCCUAUGUCCAAAGAGACACAGCCAUCCUCUUAGAAUAUUAGCAUUUUAAACAGACCUGUCCUCGUCACACUGGAGUUGUCACUAUUUAAUGCUAUAUUUUUAAAACAAGUUAUGCUAGUUAGCUAGUUGACAUUUUAUAUGUCCAGAGAGUGACUUGGGACCACCUUUAAACACUGACUUUAAAAUGUUAUUGUCCUGUAUAACCUUUCUUCCCAAAUUGAAAACUAGGGGAAGACUGUAUUUGUUGUAAACAGAUUUGCUCAGCCCAUCUGAGAAAAACCCUCUCGAAGUGAUUUCCAUUCAUUCUUAUGUGUGCAUGACCAAACUCAUGGAAAAUAGUCACAUGUUCACUUUAAUUAGAAUGUAUGCAUUCCAUAUUUGUUUAAUUGGAAUACAUUUAAUUAUAUAUGUGUCCUAAUUAAAAAGAGCAUUUGAAUAACUUCAAGGGCUAGAGAUAGUUAGAGCAGAAUAAUUGGGAGCUUCCCACAUACGCGACAUAAAAUGGCUUUUAAGGGGUUUAAUUUUCCCAUUCUACACUCUACGACCAAAUUACUGUAUUUUAUAAAACCACACUGUGCGCAAAUUGCCAGUGCUCGUGGCUCCUGUCC